AUGGCUCCCAGUAGAGAGACUAAAGAACACCUUGCCAAUGCUUAUAAAGCCGCAAAGGCCUGGGGAAUUAGUAAAGAAGAAAUCAAACCUGUCCUCAGGAACUUAUUCCAAGCUGUUGGGGGGAGAUGGGAGGAUAUUGAACCAGACGACUACAAGAUUGUAGUUGAGACAUACUUUGAGUCGAACCGGAAGGGAGAUGAUGAGCACAUAGAUCAAAAACUGCGUAAAAGACGUCAUUUGGCUGAUGAGGAAGAUCAGGCAUCUCCCGGAAGUGGAUCAAGUUCUGAACUAUCCCUCAGACAUUCCAGUGGCAAUGGAAAUGACCGACCUACCUGUCAUUUGGCCUCUGGAGAUGGAUCAGUACAUCGUGAGAGGGCAUCAGCUUCUGCAGUCCCAUGUAGUGAUCACAUGAACUACUUCAAGAAGCCAAAGGACAAGGUAUCCACAGAUGAUGCUACAUUUUCUGCAGAGCGAACCUCAGUGAGACGUCCAGGAUCAGUGAAUGGAGGUGCUAGAAUACAACGACCCAUCACUCGUGAGGAUAAGAAGCCACCCAAAUAUAUAUCAGACAUAACCAAAUCAACUGAAAAGGUGGCAAUAUCCUUGAUAGAUGAAGUGGGAAGUGAGAGCUUGCCAAGGUUCAAUUACAUCCCACAAAACAUUAUAUACGAAAAUGCCCAUCUGAAUAUUUCCAUGUCUCGCAUUGCGGAUGAGGAUUGCUGCCUGGAUUGUUUGGGAGAUUGUCUUUCACCGCCAUUACCGUGUGCAUGUGCUCAUGAAACUGGUGGGGAGUUUGUGUACACACCAGAAGGUCUGCUGAAAGAUGAUUUUCUAAGUAAGCGUAUGGAUACCGAAAAGCAGGAGUAUAUUUACUGUCAAGAUUGCCCUUCUGAGAGGAACAAGAAUGAAGCCAUGCCAGAACGUUGCAAAGGACAUUGGGUCCGGAAGUUUAUUAAAGAGUGCUGGAGAAAGUGUGGAUGUGACAUGCGAUGUGGAAACAGAGUAGUACAAAGGGGGAUUGCAUGCAAGUUGCAGGUGUUCCACACUAAAGGAAAAGGCUGGGGAGUUAGAACUUUAGAGGUCUUGGAGAAAGGAUCCUUUGUCUGUGAAUAUGUUGGGGAGAUACUGACCAAUAAUGAGUUAUAUUAUCGGAAUAUGAAAAGCAAGGGUAAUGGCAGACACACGUACCCAGUCACACUGGAUGGAGACUGGGGCUCAGAACAGGGUUUGAAGGAUGAGGAUGCCCUCUGUCUGGAUGCGACUCUUCACGGAAAUGUUGCAAGGUUUAUCAAUCAUAGAUGCUUUGAUGGAAACUUGGUUGAUAUCCCAGUUCAAGUGGAGACUCCUGAUCGCCAUUAUUAUCAUGUUGCCUUUUUUACUACCAGGAAAGUGGAUGCCUUUGAAGAGUUGACCUGGGAUUAUGGGCUUGAUUUUGAAGAAGUUCAUCUUAUUGAGGCAUUUCAAUGCAUUUGUGGCAGCCAAUACUGCCGAGGCAAAAACCCAAAAGGGAAAAAAGUGGAGAAGCUUGGAUGA